CUGGCACAUCUUGGAAUGCUGUACGUUUUGUUCACAGAGGAGAAGCUGGGCCAGGCAGAAAAGACGGAGUUGGAUGCCCACCUUGAGAAUCUGCUGGCCCGAGCCGACAGCACCAAGAACUGGACCGAGAAGAUCUUCAGACAGACCGAGGCCCUGCUCCAGCCCAACCCAGUUGAUCAUACGGGUGCACGGAUCGAGGAGUUCCUGUUCGAGAAGCUCGACCGGAAGAUCCCGUCUCGGACCACUAAUGGCGAGCUCCUGGGCCAGUACAUGCUGGAGGCCGCUAACGACUUCGGACCCGGAACACCUUACGGAAGCACCCUGAUCAAGGUGGGGGAGAGCCAGCGGCGCCUGGGCGGUGCGGAGCGCGAGUUCAUGCAGGCGACCUCCAUCAGCUUCCUCACCCCACUCAGGAACUUCCUGGAGGGGGACUGGAGGACCAUUUCUAAGGAGAGACGUGUCCUUCAGAACCGCAGGCUGGAUCUGGACGCCUGCAAAGCCCGGCUAAAGAAAGCCAAGGCAGCAGAGGCCAAAGUGGCGUGUGAGGGAGAAGCCAUGCCCGAUUUUCAGGAGACUAGGCCUCGUAAUUACGUUCUGUCUGCCAGCGCAUCUGCGCUCUGGAGUGAGGAGGUGGACAAAGCGGAGCACGAGCUGCGAGUCGCCCAGACGGAGUUUGACCGCCAGGCGGAGGUCACACGGCUGCUACUGGAGGGCAUCAGCAGUACACAUGUCCAUCACCUGCGUUGCCUGCAUGAGUUUGUAGAAGCACAGGCCACCUACUACGCCCAGUGCCAGCAGUACAUGCAGGACCUGCAGAAGCAGCUGGGGAGCGCUAAUGGAGAAGUGUUCCCCAAUGCCAACGCCCCCCCCGCGCCUGCGGGCGCCUCCCCCUCGGCUGCGGCCACCCUCCCCUUGACGCCCGCCCCGGGCGGCGCCUCCGCCGGCGCCAUGCAGGCCGACUCGCUGAAGAUCGAGGAGGUGCAGCCCCCGGCGACCGGCACGCGCAAGGCCAAGGUCCUGUACGACUACGACGCGGCCGACACCAGCGAGCUCUCCCUGCUGGCCGACGAGUUAAUCACGGUGUACACUGUGCCAGGCAUGGACCCUGACUGGCUGAUCGGAGAGAGGGGGAAUCAGAAAGGAAAAGUUCCCGUCACCUACCUGGAGCUGCUGAGCUAAAGACGGACCCACAGACGGACACCCAGACAAACUGGCAACAACAACCAUUGAUCAAAAGGGGAACAGUCACAAAAAGCAAACACAGAACAGACGUAAGAUGGUUCCGAAUAGAUUAGCUCAGAGGUGCCCAUGUCCGCUGGUCCCAAGAAUAUAGUGAACAGGCUGAGUGCUCACACACGCUCUCCAUUUCAUUUCCAUUUCAUCUGACUUCCAGGAGAUGAAUCAUCUUGCUGCUGCUUCUGUUUUUGCUGAAACGGAAGCUUUUCAGGAACGGGACAGAAUACAUUAAUUCUGUAACCGAUAGUGCAGUUUUUAGAUGUUCCAAUACAGUCUGAAAGAAUGAGCGUUAUUUUAGGUCAAAGAGGCUAGAUUCUCUAGUGCUGUCAUAAAUGUGAGGUUGAUUUAGUUUCUCUCCCUGCUCUGGCACAGGGAUUCUGACAUUGAUGGCACCAAAUAUAGGGUUUUCUUAUUUAACAGUUUGCAUUACAUUUAAUGCUUAUAUUGGUGAACCAAAUUUAGUUAUUUUGCAUUGAUAGUGUUCAUCAAAAGCAAGUGAGUAUGAACUAUCUGGUUUAGCAGCCUCCAUCAUCUUCCCUCUAAACUGCUCAGAUUCUCAUACAAAUCCACAGCAGAGAGAAGUAAGUUACAUGUGGCUUAUUUUUAAAUUUCGUAAUAUAUUCAGUUUUUCAGGAUACAGCACUUUAUCAGAGAUCAUUACAGUGUGACCUCUUUGUUGUUGUACUGAUUUAAUAUAUGAAGCCUAACUAUGCCCAGAAAGAAGAUGAACAAUUCCCUUUUUACUUAAUAUAGUUUUCUGACCUGUUAAUGUUCUGUGGAACCAGAAUUCUAAUCUAAAGAUCUUUCCACCUUCUAAAACAACAUAAAACCAUCCCCAUUGUGCUCAACAGGUGUUCUUUAAAGAUAAAACCUUGAAAUUGGAUUGAAUCCCCUGAAAAUGAGUUUCUCCUAUCUCAGAUAAUUAAAUGUUGCAACAUUUAUGUGUUUUCCAGGAGGCAAAAAAAUGCUGUAUGGCUUCACACCUGAUCCCCUUAACUCAUGUGCUGUUAUUGGGGUGUACAGAUCACCUCCGAUCUCUCACAGGCCCUAGAAGUUACAGCGGAUGGCUGGACUGUGCCACAGGUCCUCCAUCUUGAGUUAGUUUCUAAAGCUUGGCUUCUGCUGGUUUGAUGUUUGGUUUUCAGAGCUAUGAGAUCUGUGAAUUUAGCGCUGAAGUAUUUGUGCUCUUUUAUUAGUUGGUUUUUAGGUUCACAUUCACUUGGACAACUUGACGGCGGUCUCUUUAUUUUUUUAUUUUUUUUAGUGGCUGGGGAUCACAUGGAAAAAUGAGAACGUGACUAACAAAGAGUCAGGGAGUUACUCUGUAUGUGAGGACCAGUUGCAGUUGCUUCUGUCCAAACCUUUAAGAAUUCUAGGAUCGUAAAACUCCUGACGCAACAAUUUAUAAAUGACAUGCAGGUGGAUUGAAACUGAAAGAAUGUAAUCAUCUAUAAGGAAACAGAGCAAACAAACUCAAGGCAUAUUCGUUUUAUUUAUGACUACGCUUUGUAUAUAAACAUUUUUCUGCUUAUUUUGGCUCAGUGCAGAAUUAACUGCUUGUUCAAUGUCAGAUUUUGUGAGUGUUCCUUGCUCUCCUAUUUGUCUGUGUGAAAUGUUGAACUUAAAGGUAUUAAUAGACACUGAAGGAAACACUGAAGUUGACCCUCCCCAAAAAUGUUUUUUUUUUUCCUCUUUGCUGUUGUCAUUGUUGUUGUUUUCUAGCGAGUGAAGGUCUGGUCUUUCAAACUGUUCCAACCCACCAUUGGUGCGCCUGUAGGACUCUUGGUCUCCGUGACUACGAGUGUCACCUUGUUGAAAAAGAUACAGGGGAACGCGAUUUACUUUGCUCUAGGUUGGAGGUUUGCCUCCGUCUUCUGCAAACCCCCAACUAAAUGUUUCCUUCAUCGAUAUUUUCCUUUAGGCUUUCCAUUAAAUCUUUUCAGUAACAGAGAGGCGCCUGCUUGCAGUUUGAAUUCUUGCUCACAGGAGGGUGUUGCCAACAGACCAUAGAGACGAGCUGCCGAAGCCAGGUGUGCUGGGAUAGCUCGAUGCUAUAUUACUCCUGCUUCUGCAUUUUUUUUGUUGGGCUUUGUCUCCCUGAGUUUUGUUUCCCUUUUUGAGUGUAUUGCCUGUUUCUGUAACCCACAUAGUGAAUGAAUGAAAUGUUAACAUAAUAAACAAUAGCUUUAUUGGGA